UGUGUGUGUGUAUUCUAACACCGUGUCUCUGAAAUAGCAUAUAUUACCCAGAGACACACACACUGCAUCGAGAUUCCAGUUCAUUGGACCCACAAUGUUGGUGAGAGGACUUUUAUCGGAUGGCCAACUUUGUAUUUGUAGCUGUGAUACUGGACAAGUAAAGACUCAAGAUAACAGCAGAGCUGCUUCCCUCCCUCCCUCACUUUUGCCAGUCGGGUAGAGGAAGAGUGUUGAUGCAACAUCCAACGCUAAGCUCCAAUAAUUUUCACGCUUUUAAUGAGGAUUUCAAAGUGGAGGUGAUCUCAACAAGACCCAGGAGAGUCAACGAUCGACUAUUACUAGAGAUAAAAGGGAGGCAAAGCCAUGUCCACGCUGUGAACGCAAGAAUGGGCCAAUCUGCGAUGUUGUCCGUCCUCAUCCAUGUUUUGCUGAUACUCACUGGAACCGUGUGCGCCAAGCCUGAAGAGGAAGCAGGAGUCUCCUCAGGUGUGCUGGACUUGCCAUGGCAGGACCAAGCGUGCUAUGACUCGCCUCCAGCGCAAGAGGAGGAGGCUGGCGACACGCACCCUCACUGCUACUUAGGGAGCAUAGCAACUGGAUUGAGUCUGAAGAAGGACUCUGGCGGCACCUGUUUGAACAUGCUGUGCAGGAUUGAUGAAAAGUGGGAAAGUUUGACUUGUGAUUUGGGGCUUCCUUCAGCCAAGCGCCUUCUUCACUCUGCGCCCGUGGCAGUCCGCCUCCAGCGCUUCAAGCCCCUGAAAAAUGACACGUCGUCACUCAACUCCACCAAUGUGGAAUCUUACCAACCGGUGGUCUGUGAAACAAAGGAUUCCGUCCUAUGUUCAAUUUCUAUUGGCAGCGCAAGUUUUGUGGCUCUUGUAACUGCCCGCAUAUAUGGCUGUGAACUUGGACCGGUUCUGCUCAAUGUACCGGCGCGACCUGUAAAACCCAGGACUCCUUUGAACCUGUCACAUUUCCAGACAAUCAAGCCAGAACUGAUUUUACAGUGGGAUGAGCCAAAAGAGCACGGUUCUGCUCCAUUAAGAUAUGAGGUCCGGUACUCGAACGCCACGCAUCCUUCUUGGCAGGUGGUGUCUGCAGGGCUGGAGCGCAGACUCCUUCUCGAUCUGGAGCCUGAAGUCAACUACACCUUGGAGGUUCGCUGCUCUGACCUGCACGAACCUCCCUUGUGGAGCGACUGGAGUGAAGCGCAUCACAUCUACCUUGGCAUGGUGAGCUACAUCCCUGAAAAGGUUUUGGCCCAUCCCGGGGAGAACGUCAGCGUUUAUUGCGUGUUCAACGACCCCGGCAUUAAUGCCAACUCUGCUGUAUGGAUGCUGAACUUUGAACAGACGCUCUCUUCCAGCCAGUAUCACUCAGUCAACCAACGGGUCAGCCACGUCACGAUCCAGCCCUCGGACUCUGGCAUGUAUGAGCUGCUGCAGUGUAGGGCUACCAAGGAGUGGACCAUCCCAUACAGCAUCAUCUAUCUUGAAGGAGCCUCUAUUGACAUCAAAUGUGAAACGAGUGGUGAUAUUGAUGCUAUGGACUGCAGCUGGAAAAACACUUCGUGGAUCAAACCAAAAUUCCAAUACAUAUGGUCCGACCUACCCUGUGAUGCGAUGGAGGAGACGGAGCGGAAGGGUGAGAACGUUGGAGAGAUGGGACCCGAUUGUCUGCCGAUCAGAUCCAAGCAACAAGCCUGCACCGUCCAGGAUGUACGGAGGAAUUGCUACAAACUGUGGCUGGAGAUGCUGUCCCAUCAAGGCCCGAUCCGAUCCAAACCUGUCUACGUAUCACCUCUGGAAUACGUAAAACCCAACAAACCAUCCGAUGUGAAGGCAGUGAAUCUUAAAAAAGGGGUCCUGAGGAUCACGUGGCGCCCUCCAUCUUUGCCUGUGCAGGGGGUCCAGUGUCAGCUCCGUUUCCACUCUCCUUCUACCACCAGAGCACAACCCGAUUGGAAGUUCAGUAACGCGGCGCGGGUGUCGUCGGCGGAGAUUCCAAUUCCGGACAUGUGUCAAGUUCAUGCGGUUCAGGUGAAGUGCAUGCCCGCCAACGGCACUGGCUACUGGAGCGACUGGAGCGACUUGGUCUACUCGCUACCCCAAAACAGUCGAGCUCCAGAACAUGGGCCUGAUUUUUGGAGACUUCUUCAAGACGAUCAGCUCACAAACUCCACCAAUGUGACUCUCCUGAUCACGCAUCUUCCAACAGCGAGCCGCUCCUACUGCAUCGACGGCUACAUCGUCCAGCACCGGAGCUCCGGUGGUAUCGUGAAGAGGGAGAAGAUCGAGCUGAUGUCCUCCUACAGCUUUGAGUGGAACCGAGAAUUCCAAAGUGUGACGGUGGAAGCGUACAAUAGUCUGGGAAGUUCCACUAAAAACAUGAACAUGACCCUGGAGAGACGACCCAAACGCCGGAGCGUGCAUUCUUUCCAUGCGCUGCUUAUCAACAACACUUGCGCGUCUCUGCACUGGAGCCUGGUGGACAACAGCUCGGCACCGCUCUUCAUGGUGGUGCAGUGGGCGCCGCAGCGGCCACCGGACGGAAUGGACAGUGGGCGCACGUGGCUCAGGCUGCCCUUCACCGAGCGUUCCGUCCACCUAACAGGUGAUUUUUAUGCAUCCGAGGAGUAUGCCUUCUACUUGUAUCCGGUGUUUUCGGAGGGAGAGGGCCAGCCUGCUUUCACAAUCGCCACCAGAAGAGACCCUGCAGCCUACACGACUUUUUUGGUCAUUGCCCUCCUCUCCGUCGUCCUCUUUGUCACCUUGGUCCUCUCCCAAAACCAGAUGAAAAGGUUGGUGUGGAAGGAUGUGCCUAACCCCAAAAAGUGCUCCUGGGCAAAAGGACUCAAUUUCAAAAAGGCCGACACCUUCCACGAGCUCUUCCAGGCCUCAGACGUCCUCCCAGCCUGGCCGCUGCUGCUCCCUUCUGAGAAUAUUUCCAAAGUAGUCAUCAUGGAGAAGGCCAACAUGUCAGUUCUCGGCACGGCCUUGGUCCGAAGCCCACUCGCGUCCCCGACUCCCGACGCAGCGUCCUUUCCUUCAUUUCUUGAGGGUAACCAGAACGCAUCGGUGGGCGGCGAGGCUCGCUUAGGCUUGGGCCUUCCCCUCUCGCUCCUAGAUUUGGAUAUUUUAAGUAGUCCCAGCCCGCAGCUUGAAGAGCUGCAGCUGAUGGAGCCCUCCCCGAGCAUCACGGAGAAUUCAGCCCAGUCUUCGGUAACGUACGCCACGGUGCUGCUGAUCAAGCCAAAGCAGGAGAAAGAGUCGGCUCGUCUCUCCGACCGGGACGGCAGCAGCUCCAGCGACGAGGGCAAUUUCUCUGCCAACAACUCGGACAUUUCCGGCUCUUUCCCCGGUGGCCUGUGGGAGCUGGAGAGCUGCCACGGCGGAGAGCUGGACGAUGGUCAUCGUCGAUCCUGCUCCUACAACUCGGCGGAGGAACUUUCCGAAAGCUCCGAUCAAGAAGAUGCGGCCGAAGCCAAGGACUUGUACUAUCUCGGCGGGGACUAUCAAGCUGAAGCUGAGGAGGCUGGGGGAGAGGCGGAGGAGAAAGAAGAGCUGCUGAAAAGCUGCCCGGCAGCGGAGUCGCACCUUCCGCCCCCCGAGCCGGUUUGCGACUUGUCCCCCCCACUCUACAUGCCCCAGUUCAGGACUGCGCCGUACACCAGGCAACUGCCAGAUUGAAAAAGCUCACUCCAUUUCUCGUGUUGUGUAGUGCAUCAGCUCCUGCAGACCAAUUGAUAUUGAAUGUCAAACAGCGUCAAAAAGCUUCAAACGGUGGGAUGUUCAUCAAUGCUGCUAUUUCUUUGUUCACGAUGAGGUCAUGCUCCUGGCAGUAGGCACGCUUUCUUUAUAUUGCGAUUGGCUCCGCCCAGCCAAACUGCUUUCACAAUGGUCACUGAUGAGGGUAUGCGAGCUCAGGAAAGGUUCCCAAUAAAGUCCAAUGUAGUGACAAAGAGAAUAUUUAAACAGGGAGAAAAAAAAUGCUGCCGUUACAUAAAUGGUCGGCGGUUACAAUUCUUGUCAGCUUUUACGUGACAGAUGUCGUACGUUGCUAUCGCUUGUAAAUAAAACCAACAAAGAUCUAAGAAGAACUGUGUGGAAACAUCUGCCUUUAUGAAUACAAUCAGAUUAUUAUGUUGUUUUGAUGAGGUGUCCAAUCUGAAAAGAGUUUAACAACAAUACUGAAAUAUGAUUAGUAGCUGUUGUUGCACAUUGAUAUAUUUUGUCUAUUUUUCAUGGUGAAUAUAAAUUAUUUGUUAUUGGA